ACGGACCACUCCCUCGCGCCUUUAGAAAGCCACGUACGUACGCACCGUCGAUCGACCUUGAUUGAUUACUCCCUCGGCCCCGGCCGGUCAUGCGGAGCUCCGUGCACGUCCCAGCCGCGGUGGAGGCGCUGCUGGGCCACCCGGUGGCGGCACUGUCGGAGAGGCCGGCGCCGCGGCUGUCGCGGCUGCUGGUGAACGUGACGGUGGAGCGGAGCCUGUGGCCGGUGCAUGUGGUGCUGGGCGCCGACGCUAAGGUGGCCGACCUGGCGCGUGCCACGGUCGACGCCUAUGCCGCCGAGGGUCGCAGGCCGCCGCUCCCGGCCGAGGACGGCGCAAUCGACAAGGCCGCACGGUUCUUGUUGCACCUCUCCAAAUACGCCCUCGACGCUCUGGACCCGGAGGCGAAGGUGGUGGACUUGGGCUCUCGCAACUUCUUCCUCUGCGCCCCCAGGUCGACGCUGAGAUCAGAUCAUCAUCUGCUUCUUCGCUCAUCGCUGACAUGUCUUAUGUCUGAAGGAAAGUAGCGUGUGCCCUGUAAAACGAGUUGGCAUAUCGGCAUGUGUCCAGUAUAUACAACUGAAGUUCGAUCCUUCUUUGGUUGAUCCGUCUGUCAGAUCCUCUGGAUCAAUGUGUACGUAGUGUUACCUUAGGUACGUACAGUUCGGCCAAGGAACGAUACAUGUAGAUACAUGUCCGUUUUAUUAUACGAGCUCGAGAUAUGUACCUUGCGACGCUGUAUGUAGUAUAUAGCUGCAAGUUGCAACGUAUAUGUAUAUGUACCUAGUGCCAUGAGGGACCAUCUUGUCCGUGAGGCACACGAAACUGAAGUAUGUAAUCUGUGCUGUUGAUUAUGUUUUGUGUUUCUUCUGAAU